GCUUGCUUUUCCUCUCCUUUCUCUCUCAGCAUCUUCCUGGCAGCCUGUAGGUGAAGCAGCACCGGCGGCAUCCAUGGCCUGUCUUUCGGGUUAACCCUUGUCCCCUUUGGCUCCUGCAGCGGACAGAGCAGACCUCAGCAGCGGCGUUGUGAGGACUUAGCCCGGACCUGGAAUCGUAUCCUCCUGUGUUUUUUCAGAUUCCUUGGAAAUUAAGGAAUGCAAUUCUGCCACCAUGAUGGAAGGAUUGAAAAAACGUACAAGGAAGGCCUUUGGAAUACGGAAGAAAGAAAAGGACACUGAUUCUACAGGUUCACCAGAUAGAGAUGGAAUUAAGAAAAGCAAUGGGGCACCAAAUGGAUUUUAUGCAGAAAUUGACUGGGAAAGAUAUAACUCACCUGAGCUGGAUGAAGAAGGCUACAGCAUCAGACCUGAGGAACCCGGCUCUACCAAAGGAAAGCACUUUUAUUCUUCGAGUGAAUCAGAAGAGGAAGAAGAAUCACACAAGAAAUUUAAUAUCAAGAUUAAACCAUUGCAAUCUAAAGACAUUCUUAAGAAUGCUGCAACUGUCGAUGAACUGAAGGCAUCAAUAGGCAACAUUGCACUUUCCCCAUCACCAGUGAGGAAAAGUCCGAGGCGCAGCCCGGGUGCAAUUAAAAGGAACUUAUCCAGUGAAGAAGUGGCAAGACCCAGGCGUUCCACACCAACUCCAGAGCUUAUAAGCAAAAAGCCUCCAGACGACACUAUGGCCCUUGCUCCCCUCUUUGGCCCACCAUUAGAAUCAGCUUUUGAUGAACAGAAGACGGAAGUUCUUUUAGAUCAGCCUGAAAUAUGGGGUUCAGGCCAACCAAUUAAUCCAAGCAUGGAGUCGCCAAAGUUAACAAGGCCUUUUCCCACUGGAACACCUCCACCACUGCCUCCAAAAAAUGUACCAGCUACCCCACCCCGAACAGGCUCCCCCUUAACCAUUGGACCAGGUGCAUCAUCCCCUGCUCGACCAGCCACUCCUUUGGUUCCCUGCAGCAGUACCACUCCACCUCCACCUCCUCCCCGGCCUCCGUCUCGGCCCAAGCUACCUCCAGGAAAGCCUGGAGUCGGAGAUGUGUCCAGACCUUUUAGCCCUCCCAUUCAUUCUUCCAGCCCUCCUCCGAUAGCGCCCCUAGCCCGGGCUGAGAGCACUUCUUCAAUAUCGUCAACCAAUUCCUUGAGUGCAGCCACCACUCCCACAGUUGAGAAUGAACAGCCUUCCCUCGUUUGGUUUGACAGAGGAAAGUUUUAUUUGACUUUUGAAGGUUCUUCCAGGGGACCCAGCCCCCUAACCAUGGGAGCCCAGGAUACCCUCCCUGUUGCAGCAGCGUUUACAGAAACUGUCAAUGCCUACUUCAAAGGAGCAGAUCCAAGCAAGUGUAUUGUUAAGAUUACUGGAGAAAUGGUACUGUCCUUUCCUGCCGGCAUCACCAGACACUUUGCCAACAAUCCAUCCCCAGCUGCUCUGACUUUUCGGGUGAUAAAUUUCAGCAGGUUAGAACACGUCCUGCCAAAUCCCCAACUUCUCUGCUGUGAUAAUACACAAAAUGAUGCCAAUACCAAGGAAUUCUGGGUAAACAUGCCAAAUUUGAUGACUCACCUAAAGAAAGUGUCUGAACAAAAGCCCCAGGCUACAUAUUAUAAUGUGGACAUGCUCAAAUAUCAGGUGUCUGCCCAGGGCAUUCAGUCCACGCCUCUGAACCUGGCGGUGAAUUGGCGAUGUGAGCCUGCAAGCACUGACCUGCGCAUCGAUUACAAAUACAACACGGAUGCAAUGACCACCGCUGUGGCCCUCAACAAUGUGCAAUUCCUGGUCCCCAUCGACGGAGGAGUAACCAAGCUCCAGGCUGUGCUCCCACCAGCCGUCUGGAAUGCUGAACAACAAAGAAUAUUGUGGAAGAUUCCCGAUAUUUCUCAGAAGUCAGAAAAUGGAGGAGUCGGUUCUUUGUUGGCAAGAUUUCAGUUAUCAGAAGGCCCAAGCAAACCUUCCCCAUUGGUUGUGCAGUUCACAAGUGAAGGAAGCACCCUUUCUGGCUGUGACAUUGAACUUGUUGGAGCAGGGUAUCGAUUUUCACUCAUCAAGAAAAGGUUUGCUGCAGGAAAAUACUUGGCAGAUAACUGAUAAAAUCUUAUACAAGGAUUUGGAGGAUUCAUAUAAUGAAGAACUGUUGUAUGACAAACAGGUUUUAAUUUUGGUUUCAUAAAAACAAACCAAUAUCUGCACUUGGGAUAUAUCAGCUAGAAAGUCAGUGACUUUCAGCCAUGAUCUCCCUCACACAAUACCAUGAUGAGCA